CAUGUCGGGUUUUGUUACCUUUCCCUCAAAUUAACUUUAAUCGUAAAAUAUAUAAAGCAGCUCCGCGCAGCCUCUCUCCCCACAUACACACACACGAGCCAAUCAGGCGGAGAAACAACAACCCACACGACGCGGAGCGAGCGCGUGGAGCUGAGAAGCGCCUGGCACACCGGAGCGUAGCGCGAGGCAGUCAAACCGCUGUCUGUCAUUAGCUGAGAGUGGAGUGUGACAGAGGAGUGAAAGAAGAGAGGAAGAGAGGGAGAGAGGAGGAGGAGGUGGUGAGUGGUCACACCGGCCUGAAGGGAGAGAAGAAAGAAGAAGGAGAAGAAGAAGAACAAGAAGAAGAAGAGAAGAAGAAGGAGUAGAAGAGAGCACCGGACCCUGCGCCAGAGAGAGAGAGAGUGAGAGAGAGCGCGAGGGUGAGAGUGGGAGACUGACAGGCGUAACCGAAAGUAGACGAACCGAAGCGUCGACAUGAGCGGUCAGUUUGAGGAAGAUAUCCACGACCGGGCCGAGAGGAAGAGCAGUAAAUCCCCGACGCUGCUCUCUUCUUACUGCAUAGACAGCAUACUGGGCCGCCGGAGUCCCUGUAAGGUCCGGCUGAUAGGGGCGCAAAGUUUGACGGGUCUGCCCGGCAGAGGGGAGCUCGACAAGACGGCUGACAGGCCAACCAAAGACCCCCUCGCCCUCAGCGCCGACAUGCACCUGCCACCAAAGCUCCGCCGGCUGUACGGACCCGGCGGGAAGUACCUCCACGAGCACGCAGAGACUCUGGACAGGGAGCGGCUCCUCCUGGAGCAAGCCAGCGAAAGCCUCAAAAUCAGCCAGGCUCCACAGGUGAGCAUCAGCCGCAGCAAGUCCUACCGGGAGAACGCGUCGCUGAGCAGGGGAGAAGGCGACCAGAGCCCCGGGGAAGGCUCGGAGGACGGCAGCCUGGGGCUGGUGGAGCUCGGCCCGCUGAAGUUCGAGGAGGACGCGGGGAAGGAGGAGAGCUGCGGGGACGCGGCCGCUCUGUCCCCGAAGGACGAGGAGAGGGAGAGCUUGAACGCCGGGGAUGGGGACGUGAGGGACGGGGAGGACAGCGUGUGUCUGUCGGCGGGCAGUGACUCGGAGGAAGGGAUGCUGAAACGGAAGCAGAGAAGAUACAGGACUACAUUCACCAGUUAUCAACUGGAAGAGCUGGAGAGAGCUUUCCAGAAGACACACUACCCCGACGUCUUCACCAGAGAAGAGCUCGCGAUGCGGCUGGAUCUCACUGAGGCCCGCGUGCAAGUCUGGUUUCAGAACCGCAGAGCCAAGUGGAGGAAGCGUGAGAAGGCCGGUGUGCAGGCCCACCCGUCAGGCCUCCCCUUCCCUGGCGCCCUGGCAGCAGGCCACCCUCUCAGCCACUACCUGGAGGGAGGGCCCUUCCCUCAUCACCCUCACCCCGCCCUUGAGUCCGCCUGGACAGCGGCUGCAGCUGCAGCUGCCGCCUUCCCAGGUCUGGCCCCUCCACCUCAUAAUGGCGCGGCUCCAUCUUUGGCCACCCCACUAGGCUUGGGCACUUUCCUUGGUACAGCGGCCAUGUUUCGCCACCCUGCCUUUAUUGGACCCACCUUUGGCAGGCUCUUCUCAAGUAUGGGACCCCUGACCAGUGCUUCCACCGCCGCAGCUCUCCUUCGUCAGCCCGCCCCACCUGUAGAGAACCCCUCCCACGCGGGACCUGUCCUUCCUGACCCUUCAUCAACUUCCUCUUCCUCCUCUUCCUCAGCAGACCGCAGGGCCUCCAGUAUCGCCGCGCUGCGCCUCAAGGCCAAGGAACACUCGGCUCAGCUCACCCAGCUGAACAUCUUGCCUACUGGAGCCGCAGGGAAGGAGGUGUGCUGAACACUCGACACCAGCUGUAGGCCUCCCUGUCCCGGGCCCACGUCCCAUUCCAUGACACCCACACACCCCCCUCCUCCUUCCCAAAACCCACUCAUACCUCUGGAGGCUGAUGUCCCCUUUUCCCAUGUCCAACGUCCCUGUUACCUCAUGUUUCCCCGACAAAAUAGCACGACCAAAUUGAAAAGCGCACUGGCUUCAACAUAAAACAAUGUGUGUGUGUGUGUGUGUGUGUGUGUGUGUGUGUGUGUGUGUGUGUGUGUGUGUGUGUGAGAGAGUUAACUACAGCCAUUGUUACACUGCUUUACACUUCACACACACCUUUUCUGAAUCAGAGGACAAAUUAUUUUUAAAUACUUGAACUACUCGUACACAAAAUUAAUAUUUGAAAAUAUCUAUUUUAAACAUUUUUUGAGCUUGAAUUUUGCCCCAUUUAAUUCAUAUUAACUAUCAAAGACUACCUACAAUACAAAUCACUCAGUACACUGUCAAUAAGGAAAACCAUUUACUGGAGUACAGAUGAUGUGAUUGCACUUCAGUGUUUUUAUGUGAUGCCACUUUGAGCUUCUGCUUUGCUCCAUUAAAAAGGAAAUAUUGUUCUCUUUGAUAAUUUAUCAGAUUUUAGUCUCUUUCUACUAAAGAUUUCAGAUGUGACAGUUAUAAAAGUUUAGAUGCCACCCAAACGAUAAUACAUCAGUUCUAAUGACAGUUAUUUAUUUGGAAGUAUUUUGGAUCCCAGAUCAAUUUUACAUUGCAGUAAUAUUUCAAAAACAGAAUUUUUAGCUUGCAACAGAAUAUUUCAGCAGCUUUUAUUUUAGUAAGGGAUCUGUAGGUCUACACAAGCGCAUACACACACACACACACACACACAUAAAUACAAACACACACACACACACAUGCACAAAAGCAGAAGAACUGCAGGGGAACCCGGACUCUCAGAAAGGAUUCUUGUGCUACUUCAAAAUGUGGACAACUCGAGUGCUCAACAUUAACUCUGCUUAAUCUGUAUGCAUUGAUGUGGGCUGAGCCGGUCUGCAUCUGUAAUAAAGGCGCGUUGGAGGAGGUCCCCUCCCCACAAACCCCCCCAGAACCAAAGGAAAAACUGUCCAUAGACCUUCCAUAGCCUUCUCCACAAGCCAGACUCCUCUGCAUGCUCGCCUGUCUACCAGACACACUCGGCGAUGCCACUGUUUUAGCCCGUAUGUUUUUUUAAUCUCUGAAUCAAACCAGAGUCAAUUUAGAUUUUUGUACAUUUGCUGCAAUUUAAGACCCAUCCUAUCCUUUUUUAUUUUGACAGCAGUGGCAUUUCAGCCAAGUCUGACUCCUCAGACAUGCGAGCAGAGUUUGGAUCUGAGCUGUGUGUCUCUAAUGACCUGACUGUGUGAAAGAAAACUGUACAUACUGUGUAAAAAGAAAAAAAAGUACAAGAAAAAGGGAUGAUUUUGAAAAUAAGGUCGUGUAUAUUUCAGGAGAUCAUUUGCACUCAGUGUAGUGUUUAAUGAAUGUUGCCCUGUGUAGACUUUCACCUGUGUUUAUGAAUUAUUAGCUUUUUAGAUGAUUAUUUAUGUCAAAUUUGCCCCUGGAGGAACUGAGUGAAGGAAAGUUAUUUUUUUCUUUUUAAGUGUUUGUAAGUUUCCUGGUUUAACAAUGCUAAUUUGAAUAAAUUACACUGGUUAAAUGAGUUAAUUUUUAUUAUUAUUUCAAAUUCCUUUAGGACUCACAUAGGCCUAAACCAGGAAAUAAAACAAUGUGAAAUAGAAUACUAUAGAAAUAUUAAUAAAAGGUGUUAUGAAUAAA